AUGUCUUCCGCUAUCUCAAACCGCGCCACUAGCAUUCCUGGACGAGAGAUCGUCUACCAACUCAGCCGCUCUACUCAACAAUGGCCGACUGUCCACGCCAUCUCUCGCAGCAGAAAAGAGGAAUACCUCGAGAAUGUCAUUCAUCAUCAUGUCGACCUGCAGUCCUCAGCCUCGAAGAUAGCAUCCGACCUGCACAGCGUGCGCGGCGAAUACAUCUUCGUCACUGCCCAUCUCCAAAUGGACAGCGAGCAGGAAGACUGCGAUGUAAAUGGAGAGCUGCUCUUCAAUUUUCUCUCCGCUCUGAUCACGACAGGUGCUAUUGGAGACGUCAAGCGCAUUAUUCUCGUCACGGGCUGCAAGCAGCACGGCGUGCACCUGGGAGCCGUGAAGAGUCGCAUGCUCCAGUCGGACCCCAUGGCUCACAUGAUCAGAAUGGUCGCCCAACUUCUACUAUAAUCAAUAGAACAUCCUGCGCGAUUUUUGCGCUUCACACGAAAAAUAAUGGACGGCCACAUACCCCAACGACAUCAUUGACGAUGCGUAUGGUAAUUUCACGAACCUGGCCCUUACCAUCGCCAUCUAUGCUGCUG